CAUAUCAAAGCUGAUCAAAAUGUUUCGGAAGUAAUCUUAAAAUGGAUCAAAGUUAUCUUGACGCUAUUAACUUACAUCAGAAAACAAUGUCGUGACAGCAGUUGUCCACAAUUUCGGCCGCGGUCUAUGUUUAACGUCAGAGCGUCAUGAUGAGCUGUUGUGUAAUAAUAAGUUGCUGGUAUUAAUGUAGCUAACUUAUUUAGCUAACGUUAGCAAAGUUGUGUUAGCGUUAACGUCAUGGGAGUGUUUGGGCUCAGCUGGCUGGAGCUGGUCUGACAGCUCCAAGGAAUUUGAGGGUUAACUUAGCUGCACAGCUUCAGAAAAAAAAAAAACAGGUUGAACUCUGUACACAUUAAAACAAACUACUGGUCCAACUUCGACAGGGGUUACACCAACAGGAGUCGCACCUACCUGGGCAGCAUUCCGCUAGCAUUCCCUUUGCUAGCACGAAUAAGGACACCGCCGGCUGGAGGUCGAAGUAAUCAUGAAGUUGGUUGCCAAGUAAGCCGGUGAACGCCUGCACCGACGCUGGCUUCAGCUAUGUGGCAGAGGAGGAGGGGUGUCGGAGGUGGUGGUGCUGCGGUACAACAGCGUGAUUGUUCCCUUCUUCCUCAGCUUCUCCUUCAGUCGUGGAGUGGAGUUGAGAGCCAGGACGGUGCACAUAUUUCGCAGCAACAGUACCCGGGUGGCUGCAGUCCAGUCGUAGGAAGAAGGACAUAGGAGGAGUUUGGAAAGUAAACAUCACUCAGCUUGACUCAUGCUCACAAAGAUCUCUUUCUCUUCAUCAAUCUUCACGCUCGGGUGAAGACAGAAGUAGUGGUUUGGAUGCAGGUUGUGUGUUGGCUGCUGUGCCUUGGCGUGGCGGGGGCACUUGCUGUGCUGCAGAAGGACCAGGUGGCCAAGCACGCCAUCAAGCUUUAUUGGAGCCAGCAGGCCGCACACGGCCACAGCUGGCUCACCAGCAACUGCAAGCCGCUUGUGGUUCUCCUGCGUCAGAAGAAUGUGGUUGUCAGGAAGCUGGCGGCCGCUGCCGACGCUGUCAGACGAGACCCGGCCCUCUCAGAACCAGAGAGACUCUUCCAGGUUCACACUCUGGAGGUUUUCCAGAAGGAGAUGAACGAGAGCGAGAAGCUGGUGUUUCAGGCGGUGCACAGCCUGCAGAGGGCGCUGCAGGGAGACUACAGGGAUGUGGUCAACAUGAAGGAGAGCAGCAGACAGCGGCUAGAGGCCCUCAGGGAGGCAGCCAUAAAGGAGGAACAGGAGUAUGUGGAGCUGGUGGCUGCUGAGAAGCACCAGCAGGAAGCCGUUAAGAGCGCUUUAGCCCAGAAUAAGACUCUGUCCAUGCUGGAUGAGAUCCUGGAGGACGUCAGGAAGGCAGCAGACCGGCUGGAGGUGGAGAUCGAGGAGCACGCCUUUGACAAUAACAAACAGAUGAAAGGAGUAAACAUAGAGGCAGUGUUGAGAGUGGAGGAUGACGAGGAGAACGGAGGGAAGAGGAAGAACAAGUCCAAGCAGAAGGAGGUGGAGGACGACCUGGGACUGAGCAUGCUCAUCGACUCGCAGAACAACCAGUACGUCCUGACCAAACCUCGAGACUCCACGAUGCCACGAGCAGACCAUCACUUCAUCAAGGACUUGGUGUCGGUGGUAAUGCUGUCGCUGCCCUGUGGUUGGAUCUGCUCUCUGGUCGGACUUCCUCCCAUGUUUGGAUAUAUCAUCUGUGGGGUUCUGCUAGGUCCCUCUGGCCUCAACAGCAUCAAGUCGAUGGUCCAGGUGGAGACUCUGGGGGAGUUGGGUGUGUUCUUCACUCUCUUUUUGGUGGGACUGGAGUUCUCACCUGAGCGACUUCGAAAGGUAUGGAAGACAUCAGUCCAGGGGUCGUGCUACCUGAGUCUGCUGAUGGUUGCGGCCGGUUUGUUGUGGGGACAAGUCCUGCGUAUCCGACCCACCCAGACUGUCUUCAUUUCCACUUGCCUCUCCCUGUCCAGCACUCCGCUAGUGUCUCGCUUCCUGGCGGGGGCCAGCAGAGGGGACAAAGACGGUGAUUUGGACUACAGCAGCGUUCUCCUCGGGAUGUUAGUGAUGCAAGACGUUCAGCUCGGUCUCUUCAUCGCGGUCAUGCCGACUAUGAUCCAGGCACAAAGUGGAGACUUGGACAGCCUCCUGUUUGGGAGUCUCCGCGUGCUUUACCUCCUGGCCCAGGUCCUGGUCUCUCUGGCUGCUGUGCUGCUGCUGUGUUGGUUUCUCAGAUCAUUCCUGAUUGGCCCAUAUUACAAGAAGCUGCAUGCUGAGAGCAAAGGCAACAAAGAGAUCCUGGUGCUGGGGAUGGCAGCUUUUGUCUUUUUCAUGCUGACGGUGACUGAGUUUUUUGAUGUUUCGAUGGAGCUGGGCUGUUUCCUGGCCGGAGCUCUGCUGUCCACACAGGGUCACAUGGUCACCACGGAGGUCAUGGGAUGCAUCGAGCCGAUCAGAGAUUUCCUCGCCAUCAUCUUCUUCGCCUCUAUCGGUCUCCACGUGUUCCCGACAUUCGUGCUGUAUGAACUCACCAUCCUGCUGGUGCUGACACUCUCACUCGUCAUUAUGAAGUUCGUGAUGGCUGUACUGGUGCUGUCGGCCAUCUUGCCUCCAGGCUCUCGACACAUACGUUGGAUUGUCUCAGCCGGUCUGGCUCAGGUCAGCGAAUUCUCCUUCGUCUUGGGCAGCCGUGCGCGUCGGGGUGGCAUCAUCUCGAGAGAGGUGUACCUGCUGGUUCUCAGUGUCACCACCCUCAGUCUGCUGCUGGCACCGGUGCUGUGGAGAGUAACCACACACAGGUGGGUUUCCCGGGCCGAACGCAAAACAGUCACAUCACCUGACCGGCCUCAGGGACAAAAGGUUCUUCUGUGACUCCGACAACGCCGACGGCAAGAAGCAAGAGUCGAGUCUUAAUUGUCCGUUUAGAAAGAUCCACUGCUGUUUCUCUACGUCAAGAGCAUAAAACCUUGACAGUCCAAGUACUGAUGCUCUAUACUGUUGAAGGUCUUAUUUGACAACACAUUCCAAACUAUUUUCAGAUAAUGUCGAAUAAAGUGCAACAUAGCGAAAACCUCUUUCAGUAAAGGCUCGACAUUAUCUGUGAGUUUAAGGUUUGAUAGGAAGCACACCUGCUCCACAGUUCACUGGAGAAGCACAAGUACGUGACAUCCUUAAUAUUAAUGCACUUUCUCCUGCAUUAUGAAGAAGCAGAUUCUUUCUCUCUCUACUGUAUGAAUGAUUUUUUUUGUUGUUUCUGCACUUUCAACCCCACGUUUUUUUUUUUUCUAUUCCUUGUAACAAUCACAGCGACCAAAUCUGAAGGUUUAACUUCACAUUUAAAAUGUUUGUUGGUUUUUAAUAGGGGAAACUUUUUGUAUAUUUUAUAUUGCCUUUAUUUCUCCUAUGUUUGACCAUCUCACAUUACUAUUUCGGUCUUAAACCAAAUUUCGGUUAUUGCAAAUGUCAGAUUCAAAUCCCUACUGAAGUGUAAACUUUCUAUCUGCUGUAUUUAAUAGAUGGUACUUGUAAUUUAUUUAAGACAUUUUACUACUGUGAAUUAAGCUGUAAGGACUUUAUUGUUACCUAAAAUACUCAUUUUUACAAA